AUGGUGGAUGACAGAGCCAUCCAUGGAGACAAAGAGGAGCAGAAGAGAAGAUUCUGGACAGGAAGAGAAGCGGUAUCAGCAGAAAAGGGUGAAGGCUAUAGUGUUUCUGUAGAUGCCUUCGCUCUCUGGAGACUCUGUUUAAAGGAGACCUUCCAGGAAUUGGAAAACAUCGGCAAUCUCUUUGGCCCAAGGGCCCUGCUGGCAUCUUUUGAGGGAACAUCCCGAACAGGCUCCUGCAAGGCCGCAGAAGCCGUGUCCUUCGUGAAGAGCCAGGUAGCAACCAAGCGCCUGUCUGACGCGUGCAAACCGUUGAAGAAGCGGAGCCGGACACCCGCAGCCGCGUCCUCGGCGCUCGCCUUUAGCAAGAGCUCGUCUCCCUCUGCCUCCUUAACCGAGAACGAGGUCUCGGACGGCAUGGGCGAUGAGCCCUGGGAGUCCCUGGACGAAAGUAUAGAUGAAACAGAAGUGUCCGUGUCCUCAAAGAAGUCGGAGCGAGGCCUGACGGCCAAGAAGGAGCACGUGUGACAGCUGUGCGAGAAGCUCGGCCGCCUCCUGCUCUGCGAGGGCGCCUGCUGCAGCGCCUUCCAUCUCGCCUGCCUCGGGCUGCCCCGGCGGCCGGAAGGGGGCUUCGUCUGCAGCGUCUGCAGCAUCUGCAGCGUCUGCAGCAUCUGCAGCGAGUGUGUCUCAGGGAUCCACUUGUGCUUUGUGUGCAAGGAGAGCACGGCGGAGGCCAUGCCGCAGUGUGGGAAGUUCUACCACGAGGCCUGUGUGCACAAGUUCCGCCGGACCGUGUUCGAGGGCCGCGGCUUCCUGCACAGCUGCGUGAGCUGCCGCGCCGCCCACCCCUCCAGCUCGCGCGCCACGAAAGGUAAGAUGAGACGGUGCGUGCGCUGCCCCGUCGCCUAUCACAGCGGGGACGCCUGCCUGGCGGCCGGCUGCCUGGUGCUCACGCCCCACAGCAUCGUCUGCAUGGCCCACUUCGCCACGCGGAAGGGGAAGCGGCACCACGCCCACAUCAACGUGAGCUGGUGCUUCGUGUGCUCCAAAGGAGGGAGCCUGCUGUGCUGCGAGUCCUGCCCGGCGGCCUUCCACCCCGAUUGCCUGAGCAUCGACGUGCCCGACAGCAGCUGGUUCUGCAACACUGACUGCCGGGCGGGGAAGCAGCUGCACCACCAGGACAUCGUGUGGGUCAAACUCGGCAACUACAGAUGGUGGCUGCUGAAGUCUGCCAUCCCAAAAAUGUUCCCCCAAAAUAUUCAGAAAAUGAAGCACGAGAUUGGAGAAUUCCCUGUGUUUUUCUUUGGGUCUAAAGAUUAUUACUGGACGCAUCAGGCUCGAGUGUUCCCGUCCAUGGAGGGGGACUGGGGCAGCCGCUACCAGGGGGUCAGCGGGAUCGGCAGAGUCUUCAAAAACGCACUGCAAGAAGCUAAAGCGCGUUUACGUGAAAUCAAACUGCAGCGGGAAGCCAGGGAGAUGCAGGUGAGCGAGCGGAAGCCCCCGCCCUACAAGCACAUCAAGGUGAACAAGCCCUACGGGAAAGUGCAGAUCUACACGGCCGACAUCUCAGAGAUCCCCAAGUGCAACUGCAAGCCCACGGACGAGAGCCCCUGUGGCCCGCACUCGCAGUGCCUGAACCGCAUGCUCAUGUUCGAGUGCCACCCGCAGGUGUGCCCCGCCGGGAAGAUCGCGCGCACUGACGGCAAGGGCUGGGGCCUGGUGGCCACGCGGGACAUCCUCAAGGGGGAGUUUGUGAACGAGUACGUGGGCGAGCUGAUCGACGAGGAGGAGUGCAUGGCCCGGAUCAAGCAUGCGCAGGAGAACGACAUCACCCACUUCUACAUGCUCACCAUCGACAAGGACCACAUCAUCGACGCCGGCCCCAAAGGCAACUACUCCAGGUUUAUGAACCACAGCUGCCAGACCAACAGCGAGACCUUCAAGUGGACGGUGAACGGGGACACGUGUGUGGGCCUGUUUGCCGCGUGUGACAUCCCCGCAGGGAUGGAGCUGAUGUUUAACUACAACCUUGACUAUCUGGGCAACGAGAAGACCGUGUGCCGGUGUGGCGCCCUCAACUGCAGCUGGUUCCUCAGGGGCAGGCCGAAGACGUCCACGGCGCUGUCCGAGGACAAGGCCAAGAAGACGAGGAAGAAAGGCCGCAGGCGCCGCACCAAAGGCGAAGGGAGGAAGCCGUCGGAGGACGAGUGGUUCCGCUGUGGCUACGGCGGGCAGCUGGUGCUGUGCGACCGCAAGUCCUGCACCAAGGCCUACCACCUGUCCUGCCUGGGCCUGGGCAAGCGACCCUUUGGGAAGUGGGUGUGCCCGUGGCAUCACUGUGACGUGUGCGGGAAGCCCUCGGCCUCCUUCUGCCACCUGUGCUCCAAUUCCUUCUGCAAGGAGCACCACGACACGGCCGCCCUGCGCUUCACCGCCGACGGGCGCGCCUACUGCUGCGAGCAGGACUUGGAGACGGAGUCCGGGGCAGGUGCCAGAGCCCCUUCCGGGAGCCCAGGAGGCCCCAGGGCAGGAGGCGGCGGUGCUGGCGGAGGGUCACAGAGGGCACGUAGCACAGCCUGCCCCGGGGUGAGGGUGGGCCCAGCUGGGGGGCUGGGGCGGGGCACAGCCGGACCGGAGCACAAGCCUCUGGGGAGGGAGCGCCUCCCCACUGAGCCAUCGCAGCCCCGCUGCAUCUGCACUGACUGCCUGAGCCACGGGCUCCAGCCGGGACCAACGCCAGGGCACAGCAUUACAGCUACUUGAAUCGCUCAAUGUCGCUUCCCCUCCCACUGGUUUUAGUUCACGUUGUGAUCGACACGAUUGGCAUAUAAGAUGUUUUUAUCCCCGAACCUUAGAGUAGUUUUUCUGGAGGGCCGGGGCUCAGGCCCCAGACACCUCACUGGCUCUGAUGAACCAGCGUGUUUGUACUAAUGUGAAAUCUCCCUCCACGUGCCCUUCCUCACGCAGCACACGGCUGGCUCCGGGUCCCUGCUGUCUGCGGGCUGGACCUACCGGGCACCACCCUGUGGGCCUUCAGAGAGCAGGCCCCUCGGAGCCACUUCCUGGGAGCACUGGCGGGCGGGGCCCCGGGCCGCAGCUCGCUGGCGUCUGCUGCCCUGGGCUCUUACCAACACCUGGGGGAAACUUUGUACAUUUUUUUCAUUUGACGUUUCUUUACCAGUUUCUGGCUUUUAUUCUCAAUAUAUUUUUGCGAAACUUGUUUCACAAUU